GGUCAGAAGACGAGAACGAGGCGUUGCGAUCAACAAUAUGGCGUGCGUAGACCAAAAUUCCAAUGCGGUUCUUCAAGGAAUCGCCCGUCAUAUAAACUGUUUGGGAGAAGAAAAUAGAAAUACAAGAAAGAAAGCCUUAGAAAGCAUUAAGAAAGAUACAUUAGAAAGAAAACCGCCUCUAGCAGCACCGGAACUUCAGUUGGUAUUUAGUGAAGUAGCGAAACCUUUGUUGAAAAUUUUCUUUGAUCCCGUUGAAAAAUGUCGAGAACUAUCCAUCAAUAUUAUUCGGGAAUAUAUGAAAAACGUGGAAAAACCGGACGAAAGUUUACCGUAUGUUAUCCCAGUUCUUGUUCAAAGACUUGGUCAACAAGAAAUCACAGAACCAUCAGAGGAAAUUCGGCUCAUGUUGAUAGAAUUUCUAUCAGAGAUUCUAGAAUUUUCUGGAAAGAAACUGUCCGUGUAUUUAGACGACCUAAUGAGGAUUCUCCAAAGGACAAUACCUGACCCAUUUCCGGAUGUAAAGAAAGAGAGUUGCAGAUGUACAUCAAAAAUUGCGAAAGCUAUUCCUGAAUAUUUUCACAUGCAAUCAGAAUCUCUCAUCAAACUCCUUUCACUUACGAUCACACAUCAGCAUGCAAAAGUGAGAACAUUGGUAGUAGAAACAAUUGGUAAUGUACUUCAGUAUGGCAAUGGUAAAUCAAUGGAAAGUGUUGUACCACAUUUGGCUCAAAGGUUAUUUGACGAUUCCCCAGCAGUGAGAAAGGCUGUAGUUAAAGUGGUUGGUGGCUGGUUGUUGGACUUGCCUGAUCGCUACUCCUUUCACCACAAACUGAUACCUCUUCUGUUGACUGGCCUAGCGGACACACAGCCAGAGAUCUCAGAGUUAGCCGAUUCCUUGUGGUAUGACACAGGAUUGAAGUAUGAAAAAGAAAAUGAACAAGAGUUAAAGGACCAAUUAGAUUUUUCCAAAGAAAAACCAGCUCAUUAUCCACUAAAUGUUGAGAGACCAAAUUUGGGGUGCCGAGUUCUGAUCAUGCGACACCUGUCCAAGAUCCUGCCAGCCUUGAUGAAGGAUGUGACAGACUGGGUGGUAGCCACCAGACUGAAGUCAGCAGCUCUCCUCUUUUGGCUGCUUCUGAAUGCAGAAGAUUAUGUCACCCAACACAUGGCAGUGCUAACUUCUGGAAUGUACAGAGCUUGUGUGGACGAAGAGCCUCAAGUGGUCAAAGAUGUACAGAGGGCAGCAGAGUUGGUGGGGUACUUUGUGUCCCCAGAGGUCUGGUGUAAGAUGAUACUGUCCAACAUGAAGUCCAUGCAGUCCUUCAGUCCACUGAUGAUUCUGGCCGCAAUCAUCAGGGGAUCAGAGAGACCAGUACUGAGGUCUUACCUGCCGAAAAUUGUCUCAUCUCUGAAUGACACAGACAUCUGCUAUACCUCACAGGUGCAGAUGCAUUCCCAGCUAUUAAACUGUACAGCAGCCAUUCUGAAGGUGUGUGUGGAGGACUGUGCGGCAAUUAGUCAGCAACUGUUUGACCUCCUGAUCACUAUCCUGUCCCAGAACCAGAACACCCAGGAACAGGUGAAUGAGCAAUUAGAGAAAUUAUACAAAGUUCAGGUUAUGGAAUCCAGACAGGAACUGUUUAGUAAGCACACCAAACCAUUGAUAGAUCAUCUUAAAGAGACGGUUAACAUGUGGUCUGUUCAUUCCACUGAGAGGCUGGUGUUUGACACUGUACUGAUUGAAUGUGGAUCUGUGGUAGGAGAUCUCUUGGAUGAUGUCAUACCAAUUUUUGUGACCAACUUUGACCCAGAUAAAGACCCUGAGAUGCGACUGAAGUUCUUCUCCUUGCUAUCCAGGCUUGUAAUGACCUCCAGCUCUACCUUAGAUUCGUGUCAUAAGUUUGGUGAUUUUGCAGUAUCCGUAGUGAAGGACAUCAUAAUUCCCAACUGUCUGUGGAAGGCUGGACGGGUGGCAGGGGCCAUCCGGACCACGGCUACUUCCUGUAUGUGGGCAUUGUUACAGAGUGGUAUGCUCAACAAGGAAAAGCUGUCCCCAGUUGUUGAAGAUCUUCUGACUCAAAUGAUUACAACAAUGGAUGAUGACAACAAAAGUACCCGUCUUAUUUGUUGUCGUGUGAUGACCCGAUUAUUUGAUCUGAUGGGUGGAGAAUUAGGUCAAGAUCGAUUGCACAACAUGUACCCCGAUCUUCUCAAACGUUUAGAUGACAGUAGUGAUGAAGUUAGAAUCACUGUCUCCAAGACGUUUUUAGCUUACUUUGACUGCUUUGAGAAUGGUUAUGAUGUCACAUUGUACAGAGCUCAUUUAGAAGCCAUUUACAAAGGACUGUUAGUACAUCUAGAUGACCCAGAACAGAAGAUACAAGAGGCUAUAUUAGAGGUACUGAAGAAAUCAGGGUCUAUAUGCCCCACUAUGUUACUUCAGGAAGUGGAGGAGGUCAAACACAAACAUAGGACCACUGUGUAUUGUAAUAAGCUGAUGGAACACUUAAAGGGACUGUUGUAACCACUGCCAUUGUGUUCUGCCAGACAUUGAUUUCUCCCUAUAUUCAAUAAAUGAUGACACUAUG